AUGACUCAAGAUCUACGAGUGGGUGGUGGAUUCACAGGGGGCUCUAGCCCCUUUAGUGUAUCUAGUAUUUCUGGUGGCGGAUCAACAGUUGUUAGUGGUGGGACUUCUACCAUUGGCGGAUCCAGUUUUAUGGGUGGCGGUGGAAACAAUAGUGGGAUCCGCCCCUCUGUUGGUGUAUCAACAGGAACUAACACUCAAACUACGUACGUCGUGGCGCCCACAAAAGAGUGCGGAACAGAACAGAUUUGUCAUGAAAGGUGCGGAUCAAACUACCAGAUCGGGGAAGCAGGAAAAGAUGGUUGUGGGACUUGUAUCUGUAUAAAGCCCUCUGUAACAUACGGUCGUGACCUUGACCUGUCCUAGCCUGACCUGUAACUAUGGCUGCAAUGUGGGAUAUAAAUGUGGAACAGACGGGUGUCCCACGUGUGACUGUGCUCUACCCUCAGAUUAAUAUAGAAUCAGAGAUACAUACAAAAAAGUAUGAUAAAUCAAAGAUAAAUUAUGCUGAUUAGGACAAAGGUGUAUGAAAUUAGUUCUAACUUCUUUCUUUUCUACAUAAGAAAUAUAUACUGCAAU